AUGCCAGAACAAAUUACUCUUGGAAGCACCACUGCUGCAAGACAAGCGGUUGGUUUUAACCUCAGCUUGCUCAAGGGAGGCACCAUCACUCAAACCAUUGUUGGUGGUAUCAUCACUGCUCUCGUUGUGGCCUCGACGGUCGCCACCAUCAUUUUGGUCUCCGUGGGUGUUGGUUAUUCACCACCAGAACCAAAGAAUGAUGUGGCCACUACUUUCAAACGUGUUCCUGUGACCAUCGAUGUCUUGUUGAAUGAUGUCGAUCCACGUGGUGGUAAUUUGACCUUGACCAAUAUUGUUCUCUCUCCCAUGAAUGGAAUUGCCAAGAUUAUUUCCAAAUCCAAGAUUAUGUAUCAAUCGUUGGGAUCUUUCACAGGAAAUGAUACCUUCUCGUAUGAAGUUUCCAACUCGUUCAUGACUGCCAAUGCCACUGUCACAGUUCGAGUUUUGAAUCGUGCUCCUGAAGCCAUUCCUAUUGUCAAAACGGUUCCAAAGAAUGCCAAUCAUUUCCUCAUUGACAUCUUUUCUUAUGUUGGAGACAAUGGAGAACAUAUUUCUGAUGUUGACAAUGACGCUCUCUUUGUGGAUAGCUAUAAUGGUAAUCACAUUGUUGGUGGUAAUAACACUGAUUUGGGAAUGAUUGACAAAGUCACAUGGACAGGUUUUUAUUACACACCAAAAAAGGAUUUCAAUGGCAUUGAAGAAUUCAAUUAUGUCAUUUCAGAUGGAAACGAUACAGCCACAAGUACCGUGACAAUUACCAUUCAGAACAAUGCUCCAACUUGUGUCGAUGACACAUUUAAAGUUCCAAAGUAUGCAGGUGCCAUGUUGGAUGUUUUGAAGAACGAUUAUGAUAUCAAUAGUGAUGAUUUUUAUAUUUCUAGAGCUUUAGGUGCUGGUUUUGGUGGUGUCAGUGUUCGUAAUAAUAGCAGAAUUGUGUAUUACUUUACCAGUAGUGAACUCACUACCAAAUAUGGUGAUUCUUUUGAGUACUCCAUUACUGAUGGACAAUUGGAAAGCUCAUGUGUUGCUUUCAUUCAAGUGUUUAACACUCCUCCUGAAGUCUUCUCCAAGACUGUGAUUGUUGGUAAAUCCACCACUGGAAAUUUAAUUCCAAUUGAUUACUUUGAUAUCGAUGGAAAAGAUUUAGUGACUUUGAAGGCCAUCUCUCCUGCUCUCAAUACUUUGAAUCCUGCAGGUAGUGUUCAAACCACAAAGACUCACAAGACCAAAUACUUUGAAUGUUGUGAUUUUCUCACUGUUGAGAUCAACAAUUAUACUCUUGUUUUCACACCCACUCCAGGUGUUGUUUACUCUACCACUUUGAGUGUGACCAUGACGGAUAGUGAAGCGGAUGGAACUGGUAAGAUCACCAUUCAGGUUGUCAACACUCCUCCUACUCCUGUUGAAGACAUUGCCACCUGUGGAAAGAAUCUUCAAACUUUGAUCAAUGUCAUUGAGAAUGAUUAUGAUGCUGAUAACGGUGACACUGCUCUCCUCAAGUUGACCCAAAAUGGUUGGAUUUCUGCCACUGAAAAGGGAGGUUCAGUUUCUUACUACAAUGAUACUCAUGUCUUGUACACUGCUCCAAAAGGCCUAGUUGGAACUAAUGAUGUCGCUUAUUAUCGUGUCACUGAUCAAAGUGUGGACACGAGUGGAAAUCCUGAUCCAUCUAGUUAUGCCACUGGUAAGAUUACUGUGACUCUUGUCAAUAAUCCUCCAACUCCAAUGGAUGAUGUGAUUACCAUUCCAAAGGGUAUUCCCUCUGUUUUGAAUGUUUUGGCCAAUGAUUCGGAUCCUAACGAUGGUGCAAAUUCCAUCCGCAAGAUCAAGUCUGUGAGUGCCUCUGACAAGAAGAACAUUGUUCCAAGUAUUUUAGUGAACCAAUAUAAUGGUAACACGGAUGUUGUUUCUUACACUGCUGUCAAUGAAGAAUAUACAGAUAGUUUCUUGUAUGAUGUAACGGAUCAAGAUGGAAUGGAUUCCACUUUUAAGGCAAGAGUCACUUUGAAUGUUGUGAAUACUGCUCCAGUUGCAAAUGAUGAUAAUUUCAGUACCAAGUGGAAUAGAGCUCUUGAUUGUGAUGUCAAAGCCAAUGACUUUGAUGAAAAUGGAGAUUUACAAAGAGCCUCUGUUUCCAUUGUUUCACAACCUUCUCGUGGUUCUGCUUAUGUUGUGGGCGACAAGGUGAGAUACACUCCAAUGGCUGGAUAUGUUGGUCCUGAUUCAUUCACUUACAAGUUAAACGAUUUGAGCUCUCUAGAUUCUGAUUCCAAUGUUGCAACUGUCACCAUUCAAGUGACCAAUACUGCUCCUGUCACUCAACCAGAUUUCAUUUCAACUCACUGGAGAAAUCCUGUGGGUGUUUUGGUUUCACCUUUGAUCAAUGACAACGAUCCAGAUGGAGAUGCUUUGAUUGUCUCGUUCGUUUCUUCUCCAUCCAAUGUUGGCACAGUCACACUCGUGGAUUCACAAACUGUUAAAUUUAUUCCAAGCACUGCAUCUCCAUUCAUCACUCUUGGUAACAAACAAUUCUCGUAUACUGCCUCAGAUAAUAAUUUACAAACGAUCGGAACUGUGAAUGUGUUGGUGACCAAUACACCACCAGUUCCAUCAGAUGACACUUUCAUUUUGCAUUGGGCUGCUUCUGCCACUGUGUUGGAUGUGUUGAAGAAUGAUAUGGAUGCCAAUGGUGACUCAUUGACAGUUGCUAGUGUGGACACGACAGGAACGAAGGGUUCAGUGGUGGUGACUGCUGGAAGUGGAUCUGUUACUUAUACACCCAAUAAGAGUUAUAAUGGUGCCACAGAUCAAUUCAAGUAUGUCAUUAAUGAUGGUGCUGAAAAUUCUGCCACUCAAGGAACUGUCACUAUUCAACUCAUCAACAAUGACAAACCAACUGCUUCGGAUGCCUCUUACUCUGUUCAUUGGAGAGUUUUGCAAAAUGCUGGUGGUUAUCAAGAUUUUGAUGUCCUUUCUGGUAAGACCACUGACAACGAUGGAGAUUCUCUCUCAGUAUCUGUGGUUGCUUCAUCCACUUGCUCUGUGGUUAAUAAUAAGGUUCGUGUGACCCCUCCAAGUGGAAACAUUGGAACUACUCCAUGUUCAUUCACAGUCACUGAUGGUCACGGUAGUGUCACCAAGACUGCAAGUGUCGUAACCUUUAACACUGCUCCAACCUGUUCCGAUAUUUCAGUCUCCUUCGAUCCAAACAAUUUCAACACUGGACAAAAGAUUGUCAUUACCAGUUUUGUCAAUGAUUUGGAUUCUGCUGAUGUUGCCUUCUUGACUCCAACUCAAUCAGGAUCAAUACAAGCUGGUGAUUCUCUCACUAUUGUUUCUGCUGAUAGAACUCUUCUCUUCACACCAGCAAAGACAGUUGGAACUCGUUCCAUGACUUAUAAGGUUACGGAUGGUGUUGCUACUUCUGCACAAGCUUGUGCAUUGAUUGUUGAUGUUUCAUCGACUUCACCAUCUGCUUAUACCAAGAGUGCGACUGUUCACUGGAAUUCUGCAAAUAAUGCCAUUGACAUCUUUUCUGCCAUUCCGACUUCAACGUUCUCCGUGAUCUAUCCAGGAUAUUCUGCAACUUCCAUCACUUAUAAUUCUGGAGAUAAGAAGAUUUACUACACACCAAAGAAGGCCGUUGGUUUUGAUAAAUUCAUUGUUGGAGUGAAGGACUCUUUGAACACUCCACAAAAUGUCACUGUUUCAGUCACCAUUUAUAACAACCCACCAAGUGCUUCUGUUCCACAAGCUUCAGUGGUUUGGAGCUCAACCGCUGGAAUUGAUAUUGAUCUACUUGUUGCUUAUUCUGAUCCUGACAUGACUGCUGGUUUUGAAUCAUUGGGAGCUGUCACAUCUCUUGAUACCACUGGUUGUAAAGGAAAUGUGGUUCUCAUGGCUGACAAGAGAACGGCAACAUUUAUUCCACAAGGAACUUUCACUGGUUUAACUCAAUUCAAAGCAACUGCCACCGAUGGAAUUGCCACCACCACUUUCACAGUUUCAGUUCAAGUCACUAAUCAAGCACCAGUCACUCAAGCAAAGACUGUCACCAUUUCUUGGUCACAACAUAAAUCUGGCUACACCGUCAAUGUCUUGAAUAUUGGUGGAAAGGUAGAUUCAGAUCCAGAUGGAAAUACUUUGACUGCUUCUCUCACGAGUGGUGUUUCUCCAUCCACUGCUGGUUCAGUUGCACUUUCUGCUUCUCCAAAUGUGGUUGUCACUGCUGGAACAAGUGUUUAUUUGGGUUCUUUCUCAUUCUCUUAUGCUGCCUCUGACUCUGUGACUUCAACUCCAGGAAGUGUCACAGUGACUGUCACCAAUACUUUACCAUCACCAUCUCCUUAUGGUCUUUCUUUACAUUGGAGAUCCAAGAAUGUUGCUCUUGAUCCUGUCCUCAGUUAUGCUCCAACUCGAAAGGAUUCUGACGGUGAUUCAUUAACUAUUACUGCUGCUUCUGCUUCAAAGGGAACUGCUGUCGCUAAUACCAAUACCAUUACUUAUUCAGCUCCAGAUUCUCUUGGUUUGGAUGUUGUCUCUUAUACACUUUUCGAUGGUGCUCAAUCGGUGUCCAACGCUCAGACAGUGGUCAAUGUCAAUGUCGUAAAUAACAAUCCGAAUGCUGCCUCUUUGACUGCUUCUGGUAAAUGGUCUGCACCAAUCACUAAAGAUUUAAGGGGUGCUUGUACGGACAAUGAUUCCUUGGAUUCUUCCUUUGUCAAGUUUAACGGUGCUGUUUCAAAUGCGGUGGGUGGUUCCACUUCUGUUUCUGGAAAUGUUGUUUCAUUCACCUCCAAUCUUGUUGCUUCUUCUUAUGGAUUGUCUGGAAAUGUUUACACUGGAACUGGUAGCUACAAGUACACUUGUACGGAUGGUUUGGGUACUUCACAAGGAACUGUGACUGUCUCUGUGAUCAACAAUGCACCAACUGGUACUGGUGCUUCGAUUUCUAUUGACAGAGAUUACACCACAACGACUUAUGAUUUCACAUGGGCUCAAAUGGGUACAUUUUCCGAUGCGGAUGGUGAUACCAUUUCAGUGAUUAAGGUCGUCACGACUUCUGACGUGACAGUCACUACCACUGGAACUGGUAUUCGAUUGACAACUUCACAAACAGUUCAAGGUGCUAAAGCCAUUACUUUCAAAUUGUUUGAUGGUCUCCAUGAAAGUGUCAACACCUUGACAUUUACAGUCACAUUCACCAACGCUGCUCCAAUUUGCUCAGCUGCUUCCUUCAAUGUCAAUAAGGGAACUUCCACUGAUUUAUUACCAACGUUGAAGACUCUCAUUGCCGAUGCCAACAAGGAUGCUCUCUCCGUGACCUUCUUAGGAGUUUUACCAUCCUCUUUGGGAUCCAUUAGUGGAACUACCUUUACCAGCUCAAGCACCAACAGUGGAACUUCCACUGCUGUGAGCUAUCAGGUCUCUGAUAGUCAACUUCAAUCCACUUGUGGAAUGGCUCUCAUCGUCACCAAUCGAGGUCCAACCGCAGGCUCUGCCACCAACACUUUCAAUGCUCAAGCCAACAAUCUUGUUCACACUGCUCAAUAUGAUCAGACCUCUGAUCCUGACGCUGCAGAUACCUUGACUUAUUCCAUGAACUCAAAUACUUGCGCAAGCAUUGCAUCUUCUGUAACUGUUUCAUCAACUGGACUCAUUACUUUCACCAGAAAGAGCACUGUUCUCCAAGGUACUUGCUCUGUGUCAUUGAAGAUAAUUGAUAGUGAUGCUUUGAAUCCACUUUCUGCCACUGCAACGGUCACUUUAAUUUUGAAUUCUCAAACUCCAACUGCAAGAGAUGACAGAUUCUCGAUCAAUCAAGGACAAACCAUCAGAAUCUUUGUUUCACAAAUGUUUACCAACGAUAAUGAUGAAUUUGGUGGAGUUAGUGGACUUUCAUUUGUCAACAUUUCGUGUCCUGAUACAACCUAUUGUCACAAGACUCCAAGAGUGGUCAAUGUGAAUGGUCAGACUGCUAUUGAACUCGAUUCCGAUACCAAGUCCUGUCAAGCUGACAAAUUCCGAUACACUGUCGUGACAUCAUUCAACACAUACAUUUCUGCUAACGUUUUCGUAGAAUUCAAGAAUUGCUAUUGUCAAGCCAAGAUUGAUUUCAUCUUCUUAAUUGACUCCUCAGGUUCCAUUGGUACCACCAAUUUCAACAAUAUCAGAACAUUUGCAAAACGAAUCACUGGAAGAAUGAAACUUGCUACAGAUGCCGUUCAAGUUGGUAUUGUGAGAUUCCACACGGUUGGAGUUUGGACUUUGGGUCUCACUACAGAUGGUACAUUGAUUAAUAAUACCUUAACCAACAUGCCCUAUGAUGCUGGAAGUACUGCACAAGUUCCUGGUCUUCGAGUUGCUGUGAAUAUGGCUUCACAAGGACGUUCUGACGCUGAUAAGGUUAUUUAUGUCUUGACAGAUGGUAUGGCAAACAUUCCUUGCACGUGUUCUCAAUGCCAGGUAAAAUGGGCCACAAAACCAAGCAUGUUCCCAUCAAGUGUCCAAGCUGCAAUUAUUGACAAUUCCACACUCACCACAGCACAAAAAAAUCUUGCUUAUCAAAACAUUUGCAAGUAUCAAUACAAUGAUACUAAUUGGGCAUUCAGUGGAAAGACUUGUAGCUUCUGUACUUGGGAUUCGAAUUCCUAUUGCUUACCUUGUGCAGAUGCUGUUCCUUCUGCAAAGAAGAUCAAUUCAUGGAAACGAAAUGCUCAAGGAAUUGUUCCACCAGAUCCAGAUAAUCCAUUUAGUGGAAAUAAUAAGGUUUCUUGGAAGAUUGUGGCCAUGGCUGUCGGUAAUGCCAUGUCGAAUCCUGUGGGUGCUCGACAAAUUCAAGGAAUGAAUUAUGAUCCAACUCGUGCAAUGACUGUCUCUUGGACUGAUUUGGACAAAAUGAUGUCUGAAAUUGUCGAUCAAUCAUGUAACACGAUGGAUGUUCAAAUUGGACAAUAA